CCUUGCUGAUGUGAAAAAGAAGCUUUGCUGGAGAGUGGCUCCAUUGCGCCGGCCAUGGCUCUGAGACAUCCGGCUUCGUAACGAAUCGUGCUCAUCUCAGCGCGCUGUGCUUGCUGUCUGCUGUCUCCUUCGAUGGCAGUACUCAACAUCGCUAGAUCUGACAGUCAUCUACUCGACCAACAUGCUGCAGAGCUGUCCGUCUCAGCGCCCAAGAGCCACUACCUCGUCGCGCGAAGAGCGGCCGAAGCUUGUGACCAUCAAAUCUCCCCAACGGCGGCCCAGCGAGAAACGCGCUGCUCAGACAACAAGGCCUUCUCUCAGUAGUCCAACAGCGCAUGGUCGCUACAUCUUACGCAUGGAUGACCCCCGUGCUGCCCAUGUCUCGCAGACGCAGCCGGUCUUUGAAAGCGAAAAGUCAUGUUUGAGUGCCUUCCACUUUGAUUGCGAGAUGACCAUGCUUGAAUCGUCUCAUCUGCUGGGCUGUUCCGACUACGAGCGUCUCCGGCCUCCCGUCAGACUGUUACUGACCACACUGCUCCUCGGUGCAGCUGCACUCGCACUAUGGCUCUGGACAUACCUGGAUCCGACAGCAACCUUACCUUUACCGACAGUCAGAUUUACAGGCACCACUAGUAGAAUCUCAGUGGUCCCCAGCCGAAGCGGCGGCUUCAGCCUCGUCCAACCUAUUCAGCUGUCUGUUGUGAAUGAACGAGCCCGAAACAUGCGAUUGUCCGCCGUCACUUUGGGUUGGAGAGACGAGCCAAGUGGUCUCGAAGUGAGUGGAGCUUGGUCACACGACGAAGCUGGUAUCUCACUUGAGGCAAACAGCGAGCACAAAGUGCUGUUGCCAGUCAACGUGGCCAUUCGCUAUAGAAGCCCAACGGAGCACACAACAAGCAGUUUCUUACGGAGAAUACAAGCGUCGUGCCGGUCCCAUGGUCAUUUCCAGCUCUCCUUGUCGAUGCAGAUGCGUGUGCAAUGGUCGAAUUUAUUGACUUCUCAGCGUGACGCUGGAGCUAUCGAUGUUCACGUCGACUGUGACAGUGCUCUGCUAGCGCUCAUUGAACAAGAACUGGAACAGUCAGAGAAACUGUCCUUAUAACCUCAGGCUGUUUCGCAUAUUUGACUGGAUGUUUCUUGUUUGCCAAUCAAGCUUCUGUCCGGCUUCCUAAUCUUCUCGCUGGAAUAUCACCAUUAGCGAAUUCUCAACGUCUAAAAUAGAUUCAAUAGACCUGAAUCAAACAAGUCACCCCUUGACCUGGCUAUAGAAUAUCAGAAGCCUUCGUAUUUGGUCAUUCUUGCACAGAAGUGAAGCCAGAAACACUCAUUAGCACUUGCCCAUCUGAAAACAUAUCUGGCGACUGCGACGUCUAGCACGACCACCUUCGCGUCUUGCAA